AUGGCACCGCGCUACGACAGCAUCGCCGUAAUCGGCACCGGCCCCUCGGGGAUAUCAACCGUGAAAGCCCUCGUCGACGAAAACACCUUCUCGCGGAUCCGCGUCUUCGAGCGCCGCGACCGAGUCGGCGGUCUCUGGCACUACGAUCCCAUCCCAGACUCCUUCCCCACGCCCGGGGCCGCAGAUAUCCGCAACGAGAUCCCGCAGUCGCUGCCUGCAUUCACGGCGCCGGUUGCGGAGGAUAAGACGGCUCGCACGGGCAUUCAUGAUGCGCUGGAUAGCAAUGUCGGUGCGCAUGCGAUGUCGUUUACGCAUACGCCGUUUCCCGAGGUGAAUUCUGCGGUUUCGGUCAGGCAGCUUGGACGGGCGAAUCCGAGUAGGCCGUUUCGCGUUGUUACCGGGUAUCUGGAGGAUCUUGCGCGGCCGUAUUUGGAUCUGAUUUCGUUUAGCACGGCUGUGGAGCGGGUUGAGAAGGUUGGGAAGAAGUGGAGGGUUACGCUGCGCCAGAAGGGCCAUUAUCUGAGGAAUCAGCCUGCGGAGUACUGGUGGCAGGAGGAGUUUGAUGCGGUUGUUGUGGCAUCGGGACACUAUAAUGUGCCUCUGAUUCCGGAGAUUGAGGGGCUAGACUCUGCGUUUAAGGCAAGGCCAGGCAGUUUCGAGCACUCAAAGAGCUUCCGGUCUGCGAACGACUACGUGGAUAAAAGGGUUGUGGUGGUGGGAGGGAAUAUCUCGUCCGCAGAUCUGGUCGCGGACUUGCACGCCGUUGUGAAGGGCUCGCUGUAUCUCUCGCAACGGCACGAGAAUGAGCUGCUGCACAAUGUCUUCUCCCUGCCCGGGGUUGAGAAGAAGCCUGGGGUUACUCGGGUUGAGGCAGUGGGUGAUGGCGUCAAGGUCACCUUCAGCGAUGGAUCUACAGUGCAGGACAUCGACAAGCUCAUCUUCGCCACAGGAUACAGACUCGUCUACCCAUUCCUCGUGCCAGACCCCGUUACCCCCAGUAACCGCGUUGCCGGGUUCUACCAGCACAUCUUCCAGAUCCGAGACCCGUCUCUGGCCCUUGUCGGCCAGGUGCGUGGAGCUCUCAGUUUCCGUGUCUACGAGUACCAGGCCGUUGCAGUGGCGCGGUACUUUGCGAACACCAAUGCGAAGCCUCUUCCCAGUCCCCGCGAGCAGGAUGAGUGGGAGGUGGAACGGCUGAAGUAUAAAGGGCCAACUGCUCUGUUCCACGAGAUCAAGCCGGAUUUCAAGGAAUACUUUGAGUAUCUGCGGGAAUUCUCAGGGGCACCAGCAAAAGGGACCAAGGGGUAUGCGCUGCCAGUGUUUGAGGAUUCGCUGCCAGAGUUAGGGUUUGCGAUUCUGCAGCUGAAGGACAAGUAUUGGCAGAAGCUCAAGGCUGGUGCGGUGCAAGCCAAGUUAUAG